AAGGAUGUACAUGAGGGUGAACUGAGGUGCCACGAGUGCAUUUAUGGCACAUGUUGUGCGCAGUAGCUCGUUUAUGACAGUUGGUGUAACGGUGGAGCUGCUCUCAGUCUUGGUCACUUCUCAUGCAGAGCGCGUCCGCGGAGGAGAGUAAACACCGCCGGUGCUCCCUGCGUCUCUGACACUACUCCAAGGCUGUCCGCCAAAAAAAAGAAGAAGAAGAAGAAGAAGAAGAAACCACACAGCCCAAAGUGUGGAGACAUUAUCUUUUGCGCUUUUGUUUUUGUCGAGUCUGGACGGGAUCCAAAAUCUGGUCGGGAACUCGGCGCAUCCGUCUGCUAUCUCGCCGAUGGAUGGAGACAUUGGGAUAUUGAAGAGGGGGAGACAACGUGUUGUGAAUACAGAAGAGAGUAACUAUUGACACCUACAACCCAGCAGUCUGCUGUGCGCCUGGAUAAAGAAAAAAGGUCAUCACCGCCAAGGUUUCAGCUUCAUCGCUCUGCCACUUUGAACUGUGAGUCAUCCACUGUCCACAGAAUCUCGUUAAAUACCCUCAGCUUAUCUUUUUUUCCCCCUUCUUUCUUUUAUUAUUGCUCCGUGAAAAUUGACCGCCUUAUUGGGUCUCCUCGAAGCGCACAGAAACCCGGUCAAGAUCCAUCUGUGGCUCUGACAUGCUGUGACUUAUUUGCUUUGGACUGGACCUUUAAAUGAUGUCUUCGCUGUAUCAAAGAUUCACCGGGAAGAUCAACACGGCCAAUUCGUUCCCGCACCCACCUGAGGCCAGCCGUCUCCUGGGCGGACAGGUGGCAGACGAAGAAAACGCAGUGAAGAGCCCGCAGCAGCUCAGCGAUGGCAGACCGCACGUGCCGUACCGCAAAAAAUGCUUGCGGGAGGAUGAGCAUGACCUUGUGGGCAGUGCUCCGCCUCAGAGGAACUGGAAGGGAAUAGCCAUUGCCCUGCUGGUCAUCCUCAUCAUCUGUUCCCUGAUCGUCACCUCCGUCAUCCUGCUGACACCGCGUGAAGACGACAGCCUUGCCCUCAAAAAGAAAGUGACUAUCGAGGAUGUUUUUGGUCCAGACCUUCACAUCCAUGACCCCGAAGCAAAAUGGCUCAGUGAUUAUGAGCUUCUGUAUCGCGCAAGGGACGGGGAUGUUGUCAGGUUUAACGUGGACAUGGAGGAGAGAACAGUUAUCGUGCCCAACCAGUUGUUUGAGAGAUCCAGAGCCGCCAAGUACCAAGUAUCUCCAGACAUGAAACAUGUGUUAUUUGCCUUUGACGUAAAACCGAUCUACCAACACUCCUAUGAGGCCAAGUACAUUAUUUACAGCCUUGUGACACAGGAAACUUGGCCUCUGAAUCCCCCUGAGGUGCAUGAAGCUGCCCUGAAGUUUGCCGGAUGGGGACCUCGUGGCCAGCAGCUGAUCUUCAUAUUUGAGAACAACAUCUACUACAAAACAACAAUAGAGAGCCGAGCAAUCCGCCUGGUUUCCACUGGACAAGAGGGAGUCAUCUUCAAUGGCCUUGCUGACUGGCUGUAUGAGGAGGAGAUCCUGCAGACCCACGUUACCCAUUGGUGGUCUCCAGACGGGCUGCGGUUGGCCUACAUGACCAUCAACGACUCCCUGGUGCCGAAGAUGGAAAUCCCAUUUUUCACCGGAAUGCCGUACCCUGCCAAUCUAGAGUACCACUACCCGAAGGCUGGCGAGGAAAACCCUGUAGUGCACUUGUCCGUGGUGAGUCUCAACGGCCCCCUGCACACGGUGGUGAUGAAGAAACCUGAUGACCCUCGUAUAGGGAGGGAAUAUUAUAUCACCAUGGUGACGUGGGCCACCAACACCAAACUGGCUGUUAACUGGCUCAGUAGAGCCCAGAACAACUCCAUCCUGACACUGUGUGAGGCCACAACUGGAGUUUGCAUCAAGAAACUUGAGGAUGAGAGCGAGAGCUGGCUACACAGACAGAAUGAACUGCCACUCUUUUCCCACGACGGACACAAGUUCUUCUUCACCCGGGCAAUACCUCAGGGUGGGAGAGGAAAGUUCUUCCACAUCUCUAUGUCCACAUCCAUGCCGAACACAAGCACAGACAUCCUUCAGUCGCUCACCUCCGGAGACUGGGACAUCACUAACAUCUUGGCGUACAAUCAUGAAAGGAACCUCAUAUACUUUCUGAGCACAGAGGACGACCCCAAACGGCGGCACUUGUACAGUGCCGACACAAUCCCUCCUUUCAACCGCCGCUGCCUGUCUUGUGAGUUCAAGUGCGGCUACAUGGACGUUUCGUUCAGCCACAGCAUGCAGUACUUCCUACUCAACUGUAAAGGCCCAGAUGUCCCACAUGUGGCUCUCUACAGCACGGAGGACAAAAUAAAAGUGUUUGACGUGGAGACAAACGAAAGAGUCAACAACACGUACAACAUCAUGCAAAUGCCCAAAGUGGAGUACAAGACCAUCACCAUAGACGACUACACCCUGACGAUGCAGAUCCUGAAGCCGGCCGGAUUUGUAGAAACCGCACAUUAUCCUCUACUGCUGCUCGUUGAUGGUACGCCCGGCGGGCAGAUGGUGACGGAGCAGUUCCACGUGGACUGGGACACAGUUCUGGUCAGCAGCUUCAGCACCAUCGUGAUCCGCUUCGACGGCCACGGCAGCGGUUUUCAGGGAACCAACCUCCUCCACAAAGUCAGGAGGAAGCUGGGAAAAUUAGAGGAGCAGGACCAGCAGGAGGCGCUCAGGUUCAUAUCUAAAGAGCCCUACAUUGAUAAGAAUCGGAUGGGAGUUUAUGGACAGGCCUAUGGAGGAUAUUUAUCCACGAUGCUUCUGAGCUCUGAAGAGUUUAACCAGCUUAAGUGUGGAGCGGCAGUCUCGCCCAUCACAGACUUCGAGCUAUACGCCUCUGCGUUUUCGGAGCGAUACCUCGGAUUAAAGACAGAUUCUCGAGUGUAUGCGAUGGCAAACUUAGCACACAGAGCGGGUCAGCUGCUGGAAAAACAGUACUUGAUAAUUCACCCCACUGCUGACGAAAAGGUCCACUUCCAGCACACGGCUAAAUUUAUCAACCAUUUAAUCAACAAGAAAGCAAACUACACUCUGCAGAUCUACCCAGAUGAAGGACACUUCCUGCACAGCGAUGGAACACAGCAGCACCUGAGCCAGUCGCUGGUCAACUUCUUUGAGGAGUGUUUCCGGGUGCCAGAGGUUCUCAAAGAUGAACAACAGGAGGAGGAAGAGGAUGACAGUUAAGCCUGCUCCUCUGAGCAACCACCGCCCCCCCCCCCCCCCCCCCGGCCGCCGCCUGCCGUCCCCCUGCCCUCCCCUCACUCACUCCUCGGCCAGCUAACCUACACAGCACAAUAUGCAACCGAUCUUUCAAACCCAGUCAACCGACAACCCGCUGUCCCGUCUGAUUUGAUCUCAACGCUGAAGAGCAGAAGGAGACCUGGACCUCACUUUACCUCACCCCGUGCUGCCUGGAAACCGGUCAAAAAUAUCAGAUGGGAUCAGUUAUUUUAUUAUCAGCUCCCUGCCAUUGGAAUGAGUGGAGUAGUGCUCCCUCUGGUGGACAAAUAGAGGACCAACAUGAUGCCCAUUGGGCAAAUGUCACCAUUCCAGAGCAGGCACCUUAACUGAGGGCUUUGCAGCACACACACACACACACACACACAAACAAAACCCCAGUGAAGAUGAAUUUAUCAUGUUGAGAUUCAACCUUUUAAAAGGCUGCCAGUUUCUGAUCACCUUUGCCAACUGACUUACUGAUUAUUGUGUUCAACACGAGAGUAUGAUUACAGCUACUUGUUUGUCAGAAUUUCUCUGUUCAGUGUUCUUCAAAAUAGUAACCGGUCUACAAGUUGAUGUCUGACUGCAUCAGUUGCUUUACAAUACUAGGGAAUAUUAAAAUAAAACAAAACAAAAAAAAACAAGAACAAUUUAACAAAGUGACCAUACAAAGAUGAAAUCAUUUCCCUUCACAUAGUGUAAAUCUGAAUGAAACUCUUUGUCACUGUGCCUUACUGUGGGUGAAAUGUUCAUGUUAGCAGCCCACGUUACACUGGAAAAUAGUAAAUAUGGGUUGGCUUUGUCUGAAGUGUGCAUUCUGUCAUGAUUUUAUUUUCCUGAAAGCAUAGCUGGGUGAAAAAAAAAGAGUAUUGCUCGUUUAAUCUUAGAACAUAGAAAAGACUUGAGUGCAAAAUAACUGCUUGAACGAUGGCAUCAUACCGAAACAAACGUUGAGAAUAUUCCAUUUGGAGACAGUUUGUCCAUUUACCUUCCAGACCUGCAUAACGGUGAGUUAACUAUGCGGAACCUUCAUUGUUUUGUGGAUUUCUCUUGAUUUCUUGUGUGUUCAAUGGCUUGAAUCUUUCUCCCAUAUCAGUUCUUGUUUGUGUUGUCUGUGGUUUCCAGUCAGCUAAUGUACAAAGUGUAUAAAUCCUAUAUUGUUUAAGUCUUUAUGUUUAUGUUGUAUUGUGCAACUUGUAUAUAAAGCAUUUUGAAAGAU